AUGUGGGAACAGUUUCAGGACACCGGGAAGCUUCCGGAACCCAUCCGUGGCAAGACUGGUGCAUCUUCGGUUGGACCCGAGAAUCCAGAAGUCGAUCGCCAAAACCCGGACACGUAUGCACCACCGAACUCUGAUCAUGGCUCAGUGCCGCAAGCCAAGUGGCCCUUCGCGUUGAGUCAUAAUCGUUUGCAGAAUGGCGGCUGGGCUCGCCAACAAAAUGAGGACGUUUUGCCAAUUGCCACGGAAAUGGCUGGCGUCAAUAUGCGUCUGGAAGAGGGAGCCUAUCGUGAAAUGCAUUGGCACUCGACUUCAGAAUGGGCCUACAUUCUCAAUGGUACAUUCCGUGUCGGCGCCGUCGACGCAGACGGUAAGAAUGACAUUGGCGACGUCGGCGUGGGCGACCUCUGGUUCUUCCCGUCCGGUGUUCCUCACUACAUUCAGUCGACGUCGCCAGGGGGUGGAGAGUUCCUCCUCGUUUUCGACGAUGGAAGCUUCAGCGAGGACAAUACCUUGCUCGUAUCCGAUUUCACUGCGCACAUUCCCCGUGAAGUCCUCGUCAAGAAUUUCCCUGGCCUAGACAACGACGAUUUCGACAAGAUUCCUGCCGAGGAGCUCUACAUCUUCCCUUCAGACGCUCCAGCACAAAAUGAUUCUCAACAGGUCGUGUCGCCCCAAGGAAAAGUUCCAAACAAGUACACCUACCAAUUCAGCCAGCAAACGGCAACGAAGCUGUCCGGCGGAUCAGUCAAGAUUGUCGACAGUGGCAAUUUUCCGGCCUCUUCUGACAUUGCUGCCGCAGAGGUUGUUAUCCAGCCCGGUGCCAUGCGAGAGCUCCACUGGCACCCCUCGUCGGAUGAGUGGGACUACUUUCUUUCUGGCCAUGCAAGAAUCACCGUCUUUGCGGGACAGGGAAAUGCGAGAACCUAUGACUUCCAGGCAGGGGAUGUGGGAUAUCUCAGCAAAUCCAAUGGACACUAUAUCGAGAACAUUGGCACCGAGCCGGUCAAGUACCUCGAAGUCUUCAAGACAGCUCACUAUUCGGACGUCAGCUUGUCCAAUUGGCUCGCUCUGACACCACCUGCCGUUGUGAAAGCCCAUCUUGGCUUCAGCGAUGAAACAAUCAGCAAGUUGGACCGUUUCAAGACGAAGAACAACCAACUAGUCAAACGUGGCCUCGAGCCUCGUUCAGUGGCUGGCAAGCUUGCUUGGAAGUAG